AUGGUGGAGCUGGCCGGAGGUGCUGCAGGCGGCGGUUGGGCGGUGGUGGGCGACGGGGCCAGCACCUGCGGGGCCUGUAGGCGGUGGUGGUCGGCGGCCGUUGAGCGGUGGGGAGGCCAGGUAGCUGGAGCGGAGUGGUGGCUGGGAGAAGCGCUACAUGGUGGCAGGCUGAGGGAUGCCAACGGGGCCAGGCUGGCGGGGGCCUGGAGUUGCAAGGGCCGGUGGGGGCCGGAGGGGCCGUUGACGGGGGCCAAGAGUUUCAAGGGCCGGUGGGGGCUGGAGGGGCCGCCGAUGGGGGCCGCAGAGUUUCAAGGGCCAGUGGGGGACGGAGGGGUCAUAGAGGUCAGACUGACAGGUCUGACAGGCCUGUCAGUCCGGUACCCUGCGGGCCGUGCCGGCGGGGGUCGGGAGCCGGCAGGUGGCUGGGCCGGCGGGGACCUAGAGUUGCAAGGGCUGGUGGGGGCCGGAGGGGCCGCCGGCGGGGGCCGGGAGUUUCAAGGGCUGGUGGGGGCCAGAGGGGCUACCGACGAGGGCCGCAGAGUUUCAAGGGCCAGUGGGGCCGCCGGUGGGGGCUGCAGAGGCCGGACUGACAGGUCUGAUAGGCCUAUCAGUCUGGUACCAUGUGGUACCUAA